AUGACCGUCCCGCAGGGCCCCGCUGGCCGGUCGGCGAAGCGCGGCAAACGACUUCGGUCGAUAGGUGACCACCCGAAGCUUCGGAGCGGGAGCCCUCUCUCAGAAUGGUCGAUUAACAGUAAAACGGCCGAGAUCGUUCGAUGGGAUUCGCAAAUUGCCGCAUAG